AUGCAAUCAAUCGACGGCCAUAGCACAGCAUGCUGCAACAUCCCACCAGUCAUAUCCAGCGGAUAUACACCCAAAGGCACCUACGAAACAAUCGGAGGUCUAAAAAUAUAUGUUUCUGGGCCAGCAUCUGCAAAGAAAGCCCUGUUUAUUAUCUACGACAUCUUUGGAUACUUUGAGCAAACCAUUCAAGGAGCCGAUAUCCUGGCCCAAGGAGCAGAGGAGGAAUAUCAAAUCUUCAUGCCGGAUUUCUUUGAAGGGAAUUCGGCGGAUAUUGCGUGGUAUCCACCUGUGACUCCUGAACAGAUGAAAGCGUUGGGGGAUUGGUUUGAGACUAGGAAACCUUAUAUCGCCGUGGAUAGAAUUCCCAGGAUUGUGAUGAAUAUCGAAGAGAGAUAUGGAGUGAAAAGUUGGGGCGCUGUGGGGUACUGCUGGGGCGCAAAAGCCAUCGCCCUAACCUCAGGAAAAAUCACGCCCUGGAAAGUAGCAGCUCAACUUCAUCCGGGCAUGAUUGAAGUGGAUGAUGCACAAAAAGCUACGAUUCCCAUGAUGGUAUUGGCGUCUGAGGAGGAAAAGAACGAGAUGGAGGCGUAUGAGAAGGCCUUGAAUGUGCAGAAAUAUGUGGAGACGUUUGAGGGGCAGGUGCAUGGGUUUUUGAGUGCGAGGGCGGAUUUGGGGGAUGAGGGGAAGAGGAGGGAGUUUGAGAGGGCUUAUGGGAUUUUGUACCCUCAACUGCCAACUAGGAUGCAUCCCCUCGCGCUCUUCAUCUUAGGAUAUUUCAUACUCUUCAUAACCGCCAACCUGCACUCUCUAUACGACACCUGGACCUCCUCAACCCUAUACUGUGUCCGCGCACCCUACACCAUCAGUACACUGUCGCCCUCCUCUCCACACCCGCAAUGUUUCCGCACGCGAAUCGAUCUCAUCACGCAAGUGCUGGACAAUAUUCCCAGCGUGGAAGAUGGAGAGAAGAUUACGUGGUUGAAUGGUUAUGUGUUGCCGGGUAUUAUUGAGUCACAUGGUCAUAUUUUGCAGUAUGGAGAAAUGUUGGAGUCGGUGGAACUUUAUGGGGUAAAGAGUGUGGGGGAUGUGAGGGAGAGGAUUAAGGAGUGGUUGGGGAGGCAUCGGGGGGAGGGUUAUGGGGAGAGGGAGAAGUGGAUUAGGGGGGUGGGGUGGGAUCAAGCUCAUUUUGGGGGCGUGAUGCCGACUGCUGAACAACUUUCUGAAGACCCGGAAUUGAAAGAUUUAUAUAUUAUGCUCGAUAGAGUUGAUAUACAUUGUGUAUGGACAUCCGAAAAAGUCCUCUCACUUCUUUCAGAUCCAUUACCUGAAGCUCCCCCUGGCGGUGAGAUCAUCACGAAUCCGGGCCCUGGUGUAUUUUGCGAUAAUGCAAUGGACGGCAUCAUCUAUCCUCUCACACCAAAGCCAGAUGUAUCUCAAAAAGUGCGCUGGCUCAAAAGCGCAAUGGCCGAGUUAAAUCGGGUAGGUAUCACGGCUAUGAGCGAUGCUGGUAUGCGAGCGGAGGAUAUGAAAAUCUUGCAAGAAUUGGCUCGGAGAGAUGAGUUGAGUGUGAGGAUUCGAGUUAUGGCUGAGUGUGCAGAGAGAAACACUUAUUGUCAUCAAGACUUACGUCAAGUGAAGGUCAUGAGGGACGGAUCGGGUGGAGGCGACAUGCUCCUGUUUGGCGGAAUCAAACUGUUUGCGGAUGGAGCUUUGGGUUCUUGGGGAGCGGCAUUGUUGGAACCGUACUCGGAUAAACCUGAGAAUAGUGGGAUGAUGCUGAUCAACGAGAUGGAAUUGACGGAAGUUGUUAAGAAGUAUUAUCACUGGGACUACCAGAUCAACAUUCAUGCUAUUGGCGAUCGAGCCAAUAGAGCUGCUAUCAAUGCAUUCGAGGCGGUUCUAGGAUCUGAUUGUCAUGGCUGCAACCAAGAACGGCGCUUAAGAAUCGAGCAUGCUCAAAUCAUCCAUCCCGACGACCAAGCACGCAUUGAAAAAAUGGGUAUUCUUCCUAGCAUUCAACCCACACACGCCACAUCCGACAUGGCAUACGCGCAAUCGCGACUCGGAGAAGAGCGACUCUCCACCUCCGCAUACCGCAUGCGAACAUUCUUCCCCUCAUCCACUCACAAACACAGUUACUCCUCGUAUCCGGGCCCUGUCCUCGGGUCUGAUUUCCCAGUCGAACCCCCUAACCCCUUCCACGGUAUGUACGCCGCGGUCACACGUCUCGAUCCGCGCACUGGAACCUCGCCUAUGGGUCAAAGGGGAUGGUAUCCCGAGGAAACACUUAGUAUCGAACAAGCGAUUCAUGGAUUCACGCGUAAUGCGGCUUGGGGUUGGAAUUUAGAGAAUAAAACAGGGGCGAUAGGGACGGGGAUGUGGGCGGAUUGGAUUGUGGUGGAUAGCGAUGUGAUGAAUAUGGAUGGAGAGCGCGCAGAGGAGUUGAGGAAUGUAAAGGUGCUGGGGACUUGGGUUAAGGGGAAGAAUGUUUUUUUGAGUGAGAGUGAGGGGGUGGUGGAAUUGGAUGCUGGUUAUUCGAGUGGGGAUAGAUUUUUGGUAGGGAUGAAGGAGGUGGGGAGGAGGUUGGUGAGGGAGAUUAGGGUGUUGUUGUUUGAGUCGGGGAAGGUGGAACUUUAA